AUGGGCGGGGGGAGCUGGGCGCGGAAGAACGCCGAUCCCGGCGCUUUGCCCGCUGUUCGCUUGUUUCUCAACCGGCUGAGGCAAAAUCUACCGCCGGGGGUCUUCGGUGCCGCCUCUGGUGCGCGGUUUGUGAAAUGUGGCUAUGCAGGCUCAAAUUUUCCGGAGCACAUUUUUCCAGCUUUGGUUGGAAGACCCAUUAUAAGAUCAACUGCUAAAGUGGGAAACAUUGAAAUCAAGGAUCUCAUGGUUGGUGAUGAAGCAAGUGAAUUGCGCUCAAUGCUGGAAGUGAAUUAUCCAAUGGAGAAUGGCAUAGUUCGGAACUGGGAUGAUAUGAAGCACCUCUGGGAUUAUACGUUUGGACCAGAAAAACUUAAUAUUGACACAAAAAAUUGUAAAAUACUACUUACAGAACCUCCCAUGAAUCCAACUAAAAAUAGGGAGAAGAUUGUGGAGGUUAUGUUUGAGACGUACCAGUUUUCUGGGGUGUAUGUAGCCAUUCAGGCUGUUCUUACUUUAUAUGCUCAAGGUUUGUUGACUGGUGUUGUUGUGGACUCUGGAGAUGGCGUAACCCAUAUUUGCCCGGUUUACGAAGGUUUCUCCCUCCCUCAUCUCACCAGACGGUUAGAUAUCGCUGGGAGGGAUAUUACUAGGUACCUCAUUAAGCUCCUCUUACUGCGAGGGUAUGCUUUCAACCAUUCUGCUGAUUUUGAGACUGUUCGCAUGAUCAAGGAAAAGCUAUGUUAUGUGGGAUACAACAUCGAACAGGAGCAGAAACUGGCAUUAGAGACCACAGUACUAGUUGAGUCCUACACGCUCCCAGAUGGCAGGAUUAUUAAAGUCGGUGGAGAACGGUUUGAGGCACCGGAGGCUCUCUUCCAGCCUCACUUAAUCAACGUAGAGGGGGUUGGUGUGGCUGAAUUGCUGUUUAACACCAUCCAGGCUGCUGACAUUGAUACCAGGUCUGAAUUCUACAAGCACAUUGUGCUGUCUGGAGGGUCCACCAUGUACCCCGGGCUGCCUUCGCGACUGGAGCGGGAACUUAAACAGCUCUACCUGGAACGAGUUCUGAAAGGAGAUGUGGAAAAACUCUCGAAAUUUAAGAUCCGAAUUGAAGAUCCACCUCGUCGAAAGCACAUGGUGUUUUUGGGCGGCGCGGUUCUAGCAGACAUCAUGAAAGACAAAGACAACUUCUGGAUGACCCGACAAGAAUACCAAGAAAAGGGAGUGCGUGUGCUGGAAAAGCUUGGUGUGACUGUUCGAUAAAUCCCAAAGCUUGUUCCCAUCACAUGUCUAAAGCUUUUUUUUCUUUCAUUGCCAAUCUCUGAACUCACUCAGCUACAUGCUAUGGAAAGGCCUGUCUGUGGCCUUUUGACCCAAAGGUCAGGUUUUGUUCUGGUUUCUUGGGGUAGCUUUUGUUAAAUGUGGCUAAAUUUGACUAUUAAAUUUUGACCACUUCCCUGCAAACAAAACAGAGCAAGAGCAGCCUGUCUACUUCAUUGUUCCUUCCCAGUAGGCAAUUGGGUAAUUCUGGUAGGCUUUCUCUCUGGGUUUAUUGCUGUAGUACUGCUAGCUUUUGUCUCUAGUUCACAAGGGGUUGUGUGCCUUUUUUAGCAUAAGAAAACCUUUAAACAGGAGUUUUUGCUAUUGGAUCGUUGUGGUGGUUAUCUUUGCAUCUUUUUGCCUCUCUCUACAUUAAAAUUAUUAUUUUUUCUUUCCUGCAAUUAGGAAUUUUGAUUAAACAUCGUUAGAAACGAGUUUAACUAGCUGGAAUGGCUUUAACACGCUGUCUCGAGGUAAUGUGGUUCCAUGCGCACUGCUGCCUAAACUGGCUUCUGAGGUGGUUUAUCCUUAAAGGUGGUGGUGGGGCUUUGAUACUGUAUUUCUCUAAGUGGGCAUGGACACAGUUGCCACAAACGGAGAAACACCUGAUACUCUGGCAAAUGUAAAUCUGUGGCCUUAGGUGUCUUUUUCUGGAGGGAGGAGACAGGUUUGAGCUGUGUUGCUUUUCUGUUAAGGGACAGCUGGGGGUCAGUCUGACCAAAAAUGCCUCUUUUCAUAGCUAAAUUUUGGUACCAUGUUGUCUCAGCAUAGGGAGCAAGAAUGUUAAAUUAGCUAUUCCGUAAUUGUUGAGAAACUUAGAUAUGCUGAGACAGGAGCCUCUCAACUUCUGAAGAGAUUUAAUGCUGUCAGAAAUGCUUGUGAAAACUGUAACUAUAGGUAUUAAAACGCCCAAAAACUAAGUUUUAAAAGUCUGAUGUUUUAAGUGCUUGUAUGUAUAUCAGAAGCACUUCCAUUAAACUUUACAAGUAUAUUAACCUAGUGCCAAGUAGUUACUGCAAAUGAAUAUAUCAAUGACCAGUGUUUAUUGCAGCAAGCAGAUAUUUAUAAACAACCACUGGCAGUAGGUUAUAAAGAAUGAGCUAUAUUUGUUCCAGUUAAAAAUAACAUUGGAAUAUGAGAUGUUGUUGGUUGGUAAAUAUCCACAAUUCAUUUUGUCCAGUCUUGAUUUUUGAUACUUAACGUGGGAUGGGGAAGGAAAUGAAAACCCGUGAUGAAAAUGCUGUUUCCAGAAAGUACAUUAAAGCUGAGUUGUUCU